AUGCCCCCCAAAAAGCGCAGCGCCCCAAGCAGCGGCCCCGCGCCCAAACGCGCACGCCAAUCCAAACUCGCUAAAGAGAACGACAUCAGCGCAUCGGAAGAGAACGAAAUCAAAGAAGUAUUCCACCUCUUCUCCGAGACCGUCGAGGAAUUCGCAGAUCAAAAGGAAGGCGUGAUUCCACGCGGUGAUGUGCGCAAGGCUUUGGUAGCCCUCGGUCUCGACCCCACCGACAGCGAAGAACUCCACUCCAUCAUCUCGGCCGUUGACCCCACGGAUACCGGGUACGUGCUGUACGAGCCGUUUCUGGCUGUCGCGGCAGCGAAGCUACGAUCUAGGUCUGAUGAUGCGAUGGCGGCGGAGGUGGAUGCGGCGUAUCGGUUAUUUACGAGGGGGUCGGGGAGAUUGAUUACGUUUAACCAUUUGAAGAGGAUUGCGCGCGAGUUGAAGGAGGAUGAUCUUGGGGAUGAAUUGUUGAAGGAUAUGAUUUUGGAGGCGAAUGGUGGGGCCGGAGUGCAUGCUGGGGUUACGUUGGAGCAGUUCCAUGAUGUUAUGACUAGGGCCGGGGUGUUUUGA